CUUUGUUUUUUACUCCCAUAGUCGAACCAGGUAGCACAUAGCCGAACGCCGAAAACUGUGCGCAAAAAUGCAAUGAUAAAUUAAGAUUUUUUUAAAUAUAAAAGUGAUAAUGGUUAAGAUAGUGUGUGUUGUGUUGAGUGUGUGUGUGGUGGCUAGGACCCAGGUCAUCCCUGGCAAGUCUAGGACUAACGAUGGCGACUAUAAUACUGUGAACACGGAUGGAUCCUUCGAUUUUGGGUACUCAAACAAGGACAUCGGCUCGAGCUACCACCUGGCGCACGGGAACGCCAACAAGGUGGUCGGGGGGCGGUUCGGGGCCCGCGACCCCGCCACCAACACCGUCAAGGAGACUGUGUACACCGCCGGGCCUAGGGGUUUCCGCGCCAAAGGCCCCAACAUCCACCGCAAGAUCGACCUGGACCAGCGCCCCCGCGGCCCCAUCGGCAACAAGGACGACCCCUAUGCCGACCCCAGUGAGGACCCCUCCUACGAGUUCAAGAUCCAGACCCGAACUUACUCCAAGACUGAGAAUGCGGACUCGAGGGGAGAUGUUAAGGGUCACUACUCCUUCGUGGACGACAUCGGCGAGCGGCACGACGUGUCCUACAUCGCUGGCCGGGACACGGGCUUCCACGUGUCGUCCUCCUUCCCCGACAGCCCCAACGUCAUCGGGUCUCCGUUCCACCGGCAGCCGCUGGUGAGGGCCGAGAGCAAGCAGCGCGGCAGGACCGCUGUGCAGAGGGGACUGGAUGGGUCGUACAGAUUCAUCUCAGCGGGCCCCGACCAAAGGAGAACUGAGAGCAGCGACUCCAACGGAAACGUCAGAGGAUCUUACACUUUCCUGGACGACAAGGGUGUCCAGAGGACGGUCCACUACAUCGCUGGUCCAGGUAUUGGGUACCGCAUCGUGAAGAACGGACGGGAUCCCUUCAUCCCUCCUGGCUUUCCCACCAUCCCGAGUGCCUACGACCCUGACUUCAUCAACGCCGCCGCCGCCCCGAGCUUCUCGCCUGACGACACUAAUGCUGAAGAUGUUUUCAAACGUCCCGAUGGAACCGCCGCUUCAGGCCACGUAAAGCCACCACCGUUCCCCGGGAAUGACAAACCCAGUAACAAACCCGGAUCUGGGUCGAGCUCUGAAAACCUUGGUGGUGAUGGCCAAGGAUCGGGAAGUUUCGGACAAACUAGUUCAGGAGGCUUCGGCCAAUCGAAACCAAACUCGGGGUUUGGCCAGGGCAGCCCCGGUCCGGCGGGGUUUGGUCCCGCCAGCCCCGGCGCGGGCUACGGGCCGGGCGGCGCGGCCGGCGGAGGCUUCGGCCCCAGCAGCCCCAGCGGCGGCAGCGCAGAAGACGUACAUUUGGGAUCCCCCGAAGAAUUCGAAGUGAAACCCACCAAACCACCAGGCAGACGACCAGGUCGGCCGGGCAGGCCUCCCGCCGGUCCCUAUGCGACUACCAAGAAGCCCUACGUCCCGCUUAAACCCUUUCAAAGUCCCCCCGACAGUGAUUAUGACAUUGUAGGAGGAAGCAACGAUUAUGGAGAUGUAGGCGGCGACGGAGGUUACGGGGGCGCUGGGCCCAGCAGUACCGUAGGUGGUAGCUACGGUGGCGCGGGUGGAAGCACAUUCGGGAAUGUCAGACCGACUACCUCUGGUACAGUCCGACCGCCCGCUGCUCGCCCCACUGGCAAUACUUUCAGUAGCGCCAGGCCCACCAACAACUACGGCAACGUAGGGCCUCCUGGCUUCGGAAACGCCGGACCAACUAGCGGCAGUUAUGAUAAAGAAGAAGAGCCGGAAGAUGGUCCGAGCUCCGGGGGCAGCUUCAGUAGUUCAGGAGGUAGUGGCGGUAGCAGUGGCGAGAAAGGUCCCAUUUACGCUGUAGGAUUCAAUAUUCAUAGCAAACCUGGAGACACUAUCAUUCAUGAUGAUGGCCCGGGUGAGCUUGGUCUGAAGCCAGGGUCCAGUUUUGGUGAUAGACCUGGAGGCUCCUCGAAUUCUGGACCUUACGGCAAGCCAGAAACUACCAUCAUUUACACUAAGCCGGGUUCGACUAUCAUUCGAAAUGUAGGGAGAGAUUACUUCGGGAUUCCCCCAGGCGUGUCCGUGAGGGCGCAUGUCCAGAGCAUAGACCUGUAUCCGUAUGACUCCAAGCCACUGUCGCCGGCCGAAGCGUUAGAGAAGGACAAAACAUAACGUUGCAUUUCACCUUUAAUUUUAGUUCCUUGCCAUGUCAGUCCGUUUAUGCCAUAAGGUUCAUCGAGUAAUACCGAGUAGUUAGAGCUUAGUUUUGUACGAAGUGUUUUUUUUUUGUAAAAUUUAUGAAAGGAUCGAAUAAAUUAUUCCGAAUAAAGUUUUGUAAAUGCA